AUGCCAAACGCAAACCGACGCCCCCUCUCCUCCACCCCCGUCGACUCCGGCGCCGACGUCCCCGCCUCCAUUCUGCGGACCGAGGUCCCCACCCUCCUCUACGAAGCCAACGACGCUGCAGGCUCCGAAACCUUUUCAGCCGAGGUAUCCGACGCCUCCUCCUCGGAAGUCUCCGAGGGCGACGCGCGGUACGAAGAGUCCACCGAAGUCGACGAGUCAGAGGACGAUGACGAGGGCGAGGAGAGCGAGUGUGAAGGCCGCGAUCCCCGCCUCACCGCCAUGGCACUCGACCUGGCAAUGUACCGCGCCUCGCUGCGACCCUCUAGCUCAGCUUCCUCCCAUCUUUUUUGGAACUGGCCCACCCUCUCUGGCCACGCCUCAACAGGAGGUGAAUGGACGAGGGAGGUGAGGCUCGCUUCGGAGGCUAUCCAGGCCCAUCGUGCCGCCGCCUCUUCCGCUUCCGGCUCUAUCUCCAACCUCGAUUCCACCGCCGAGGCCGCCCAGUCCCACGGAGCUAACGACUCCGACGCCGACUCGGACUCGGACUCGGAAAGCGAAACCCCUCGCGAAAGCGAAUCCGCCCGCCAGCGCCGCAUCCUCAUCGAGCGCGCCCUCGCCGCCCGCGAGGCACAGACGGCAGCCGAACGCGCCGAGCUCGAGACAUGGUGGCGGCACAACCCCAUGCCGAGCAGGACAGCGUAUGAUCACACGUACGCAUACGCGGCGCAAGUGGCGCGCGAGGCGAUGGAGGCGGACCGGAGCAGCCGCAUCCAGGAAGAAGUGAUCCAGGCGGCGAGGCGUUUGGAGAGGCAGGCCCGGGGAGUCGGAGUUGACACGGACGGCGAGGCGGACGUGGAGGCGGACGUGGAGGUGGAGGCGGACGUGGAGGAGCGCGAGGAUGCGGGGGAGGUUGCGGGGGAGAGGAGCUGGCACACGGGUCGCGCGCUCGAGAUGGUGCUGUCGGCCGCUCGAGCCGGGCAGCUGCAGGUGCGCGGCGACACGCGCCCCCACAUGCAGUAUAUCGGACAGGCUAGCUCUGUCCGCCACGGGCAACGCCUCGCACACUCCGCGCACUCGUCGCACUCCGCCCACUCGUCCCACGCCUCGACGCUGUACACUUUCGGUCUCCCUUCCACUUCCUCCACACCCGUCGUCUCUCCACCUACAGUGACCUACGGCGCCCCCAGCACGCAAUCGCAGCAACAGGCGCAUCAGCAGCAACGCCUCCUGUCACUGCGGGAGGCACGCAAGGCCACGAUCGACGCGGCCAACAGGCGUUUCUGGGCCGAGCGCGAGCUGGGCCUCUUCCUCCUCCGUGAGGCGCGGCUUGAGGUCGAUGGCGGGUGUCAGGUGCUCGAGUCGGGGCCUAUGUUUAUGUGA